ACGUGGGAAGCCUAUAAAUAUCAAAUCAAUCAACGCACCAAUUUCAGUGCAAAAACUCUAAUCACGCGGUAAACUUCCGGGAAAAAAAAAUUCGUUGGCAACAAACGACGUCCAGGUGCAGUUCGAAAAUGCAGAUCAGUGUAGGCCGACUCGCGCUGCUGAUGGUGCUUUCCUGUCUCGGUUUGACACUGUCGGCCGUGGACUACUGCGAUACGAUACUGUGCAGCAACGGACGGCCGCACAUCGGUUGCAAUGCGACGGAUGAUUUCGGUGAAGCGUGCCCGUCCAACACGGAGCUGGCUCCGAUGGACGAUAAAAUGAAGGCGCUGAUUCUGGAUCUGCACAAUAGCCUGCGCAGUGAGCUGGCCAGCGGAAAGAUGGAGGGUUUCGAGUCGGCCGAGCGGAUGGCUGUGCUGGAAUGGAACGACGAACUGGCCAAGCUGGCCGAGUACAACACCCGCAGCUGUCUGUACUCGCACGAUGAGUGCCGAUCGACGGAAAAGUAUCGCUUCGCCGGGCAGAACAUUGCCCGAAAGUCAAAACCGAAUAACAUCACCGUCGAAGUGGUUCGAGCCGUAUCGGAUCUGACCAACAAAUGGUGGCAGGAAUACGUCGAUACCAAUCAGACAGUGAUGGAUUCCUACCGGAAGGUAGGCGAAGGCGUACACAUCGGACAUUUCGCCCUGAUGGCGAACGACCGGAUCACGCAGGUAGGCUGUGCCGCCACCAAGUACUUCAAUCCGGAAAAUAAACGAAACUACGUGUACUACGUCUGCAACUACUCGUUCACGACCGUGCUCGGCAAGUCGGUGUACACGAAGGGUAAACCGUGCUCCAAGUGCGAGGAUAAGUGCAGCAAAAAGUAUCCGGGCCUGUGCGAGGGAAUCGGCGAUACCAUCGACAAAGAGCUGCUCUGAUUACCGGAUUGCCGGAUGGAGAUCAAAGGGAAUUAAAAUGUGAUAUAUUGCACUGGA